AGGGUGUGGUUGCACACUCAGAAACACCCAGGUUCCCUUGGGGAGCUCUGUGUGAGGGACCUCAGCAACGAACCCAAGAAAUGAUGUCACUUCCUGGCAACAGAACUCAACAGAACCCAGAACCCAGGGACCCAGGCACCACUGCGAGAGGAGACCCCAGCCAGAUCACUUGCUGCCAAGAUGUUCUGCUGUUUGCCCCUGCCCAGAGGCCGGGGCCUCGGGAGGGCUCACAGGCAGAGUGUGUGGGAUCGCUGGCGACGCUGGCUCAGGGCCCCCCGAGGAGGCCUCUGGCCCUUUGCCCGAAGGAACAGGAAGAGCUUCCCACCGGAUGUGGCCGACGAGGGGGACACGCCGUCCACCUCCUCGAGGGAGGGGUCGGAGCCCCAUCCCCCUGCCCGUGAGGCCCAGUGCAGGGUCCAGGUGAGCGUGCCCAUGGAGGGGUCAGCCCAAGGGGGAGUGAAGAGCAAGAGGGGAAGGCCUCCCCAGAAACCACCCAGGACACACCGCGGGGCCCAGUCUCAGGCUGCUUCGCGGCUCAGCACACCUGGCUCCGACCCAGAGCCCCGAGCACCCCUCCCUCUGAGGCAGCACGAGGACCUGGAGCCCAGCGCGGCAGAGCACAGAGAGGUGCUUGCUGCACGUGCAGGACCCAGGGAUCCACUGAGGGGACAUCGAGACCUGAUCCAUCCUGCCUCAAAGACACUGGACCAGCUGGUUCCUGGCCACCACACUGGGCAGAUCGGACCUCUGUGCCGGCAGGACGCCCAGCCCCAGAGCUUCCCACCGGAUGUGGCCGACGAGGGGGACACGCCGUCCACCUCCUCGAGGGAGGGGUCGGAGCCCCAUCCCCCUGCCCGUGAGGCCCAGUGCAGGGUCCAGAGCUUCCCACCGGAUGUGGCCGACGAGGGGGACACGCCGUCCACCUCCUCGAGGGAGGGGUCGGAGCCCCAUCCCCCUGCCCGUGAGGCCCAGUGCAGGGUCCAGUCUCAGGCUGCUUCGCGGCUCAGCACACCUGGCUCCGACCCAGAGCCCCGAGCACCCCUCCCUCUGAGGCAGCACGAGGACCUGGAGCCCAGCGCGGCAGAGCACAGAGACGCCCACGAUGACUGA